AAGGCAAAGGAAGGUUUCAAACUAGAAUCAAGCCAUGUAUAGGAUGCGACUCUGCUCUAAAAGUUCCAUAAUGUUUCACGUGCGAAGACGACCAGCCGAUGCGCAACCACGUCGGCGGAAAAAGAAACCGCUUUCUGGACCAAACGGUUCCACUAGUGGAGGAUUAGAUUGGAGCGAAGGACCGGCGUUGAUUGAAAUGGGACCUCACGGUCAACAAUUGGAGGGCGGUCGACGCAUUAGAAUCAGUUUGGAACCCUUAGAAGUUGGUAGCGCGUCAUCAGCCGGAGUCCAAUUGUUUGGGCCAUUGAUUCAGCCUAAACAUUGUCUGAUUGCAAUUCAGGACAAUGCGUGUGUGGUCACACCUCUACAUACUGAUGCUCCAACGUUUGUCAAUAAUCACCGCAUUUACCAGCCCACAGUACUUCACCAUGGGAGUGUUGUAAUGUUCGGUAGAGUUGCUUCAUUUAAGUAUAGUGAUUCUCAACAAGAUGGCAGACUAAGCAGACAUUUAGCAAUAUCUCAAUCUCAUCUUGAUAAUGCUUCAGUAUACGACAGAUCGCCAACGUCACCGAUAUUGAACGAACGAGCAUUGAGCCCAAUGGAAAACCUGGAUGACUUGAAUAUAGAGACUAUGCAUCAACAAAAACACACAGGACUCGAUAUGACAGAUUAUACGAUGAAACACGAAAACGAUAAUCACAUUCUUAUCAAAACUGUAAGCUCACAUAAAAAUAACCAUGAUGAUCCCGGGCGCGACAACAUUGAGACUACUUUUGAUUUGGAUGGAAACGUUGAAACCAAAUCAGUUGGCAGCGCUAAAAGCGCAGGGUCUAAUCAAGAGAGCAG